AACUUGAUUUGAAGCUUGACGCGCCGUUAUCCUCUUCUUUGAACCGCAUCCGUCGAAGAUUGGUCAUGUUGGGGCUCUGUUAUUGGUCUAAUAUGGGGUCAAAAUCAGCUCAGGUCGCUGGCAAGAUACUUCGAGACUUACUGAAUGAUCCGGAGAAGCAACAAUCGACGGUCGCGAUAGCGGCCUGUACAACAUUGAAAGGCGACAUCCACUGUUACGUCCGGACGCAUGAUGGUGUUAUCGAGCAGCGGUGUUUGGAACAAUGUUUAGUUCAAGUGCCUGUCUCCGAGUCUGAAAAAACCCAUGUCCCCCAGACCGGCGGGUGGAAGCCGGGAGACUUCCGACACGAAUGCAGCCCGAAAAGCCAGCUCAGCGGCCUGGCAUGGGGCUCUGGCCGAGAAACACUAUUUUAUCAGCAUGCAGACAACACCAUACGCGAGGCUAGGUAUGAUAGUCGCUGGUACGAUACCAACUUCGCCCAGGCGGAUGUCAUGCCGGGAACACGUAUCGCUGCUGUUUGCACGCCAGACGGUCUACGUGCUAUGCUCUUCUUCCAGGACUCCGAAGGCUACAUAUGCUAUCGACGCGCUUGGAGCUGGAACUGGGAAGCCAAUGCCACACGACUUGUCGAGGCUGCACCAUUCUCCCCCCUAACGGUGAAACUGCUUAACAGGAAAGAUGAUGCUGACUAUUCUCUCUUCUAUGUUUAUGUCUUCUACCAAGACCAAAAUUUAGUCCUCAGAGAGCAGGGCACUGGAACCUUUGGUGAAAAAUGGUUCAUUGGUGAUUUUGUUGAGGACGUACAGCGACCCGUGAGCUCUCUGGCCACGAACGGACCACUGGGGAAGCACUUGAAAGACAGUGAUAAACAGAAGUACUCCGAUGGCUCUGCUGUCAAAAUACUCUACAAUGACCCCCGUGCCCUCUGCAUAAAGGAGCGUAUCUAUGUACCGUGGGAAUGGAAAUUAAGCCAGACGGUGUGCCCUGCUCCCCAGGAUAGCUGCAUUGCUGCAUGCGCGUAUGUCUCGGACAAGGGGAUCGUCACCAAUCUUUUCUGGGCCAGCCACGAUUCGGUCAUACACCACCAUGUAUGGACACCGCAACUGCAUUGGGUGACACCGUCCGUGAUUGAAUACGACAUGCCCACGCGAGGGUCCAAAGUGGGCCCCUGGAAGGGCGCGCCAUUCGAUGACGAGUCUCACCCCAUCAGCGCCUGGCGCAAGGUGAUCAAAAUGAUCGAUAUCCGAUCAUACGACGCCAUCGAUGGAAUGGCCUUGGGAUUCACGGACGGCAGCUAUACCGACUGGCGUGGCGGAUACGGUGGUCGUCUGAAUUCGCCCUUCGAGCUGUGUCCCGGCGAGAACAUCACACAGGUCCUCGUCCACUUCGACAACGACUACAUCCGGGCGGUACGCUUCAGAACGUCACGCGGCAGAGAAUCGGGGCUGUUUGGACGUGCGAAUGGCGCACCUUCAGUGCUCUGCAAAGACGGCAAAGUGCUGGCAGGUUUCAUCGGCACCACAGGGAUCUUCCAAUCAUCGGGUAAUACGGUGUUGACAGGCCUCCAGCCGUUAUGGAGAGACAAGUGAACCUGAGCAUCAAGAAUCUUCUGCUCGAUCAUCAUGCCGUCUAUCUGCUCGUCAAUUGUGUCUGUUGAGGAAAAGAGCCCAACUCAUGGUCUCCCUCUUUUUUGGUAAUUCUUGUACUCGCCGACACCGAAGAACAGUCGAUGCGUAUAUAAACCGUUGAGCGUGCUAUUGUUUUUGACGCACGGACAGCUGUCAGUCUCAACAUCUCUGUCCACACAAUUCAGGCGCUACUACCGUCGAUAAGCUCCUCGUAUGUCGUUCAAUGACUCCAUUGCAUGACUUACGGUCGAACAGCUGUCUUGCACAUGUACUUAGGUGCACUAAUG